GCCGCCCCCGCCCCUUCGCCCGCCAUGGAAACCCUCCAAGAAAAAGUGGCCCCGGACGCGUGUGCCUGAGGAUUCCGCACAAAAGAGGUGCCCAAAAUGAAGACCCUGAUGCGCCAUGGUCUGGCAGUGUGUUUAGCGCUCACCACCAUGUGCACCAGCUUGUUGCUCGUGUACAGCAGCCUCGGCGGCCAGAAGGAGCGGCCCCCGCAGCAGCAGCAGCAUCAGGCAACCGCGACCGGCAGCGCGCAGCCGUCGGCGAGGAGCAGCCCCUCAUCGCGCCCCGGGGUCCCCGCGGUACCGCGACCCCUGGAUGGAUACCUUGGCGUGGCGGAUCACAAGCCCCUGAAAAUGCACUGCAGGGACUGUGCCCUGGUGACAAGCUCGGGGCAUCUGCUGCGCAGCGGGCAAGGCCCUCAGAUUGACCAGACCGAGUGCGUCAUCCGCAUGAAUGACGCCCCCACGCGCGGCUACGGGCGCGAUGUGGGCAAUCGCACCAGCCUGAGAGUCAUCGCGCAUUCCAGCAUCCAGAGGAUCCUCCGCAACCGCCACGACCUGCUCAACGUGAGCCAGGGUACCGUGUUCAUCUUCUGGGGUCCCAGCAGCUACAUGCGGCGCGACGGCAAGGGCCAGGUCUACAACAACCUGCAGCUCCUGAGCCAGGUGCUGCCCCGCCUGAAGGCCUUCAUGAUCACGCGCCACAAGAUGCUGCAGUUCGACGAGCUCUUCAAGCGGGAGACUGGCAAAGACAGGAAGAUCUCCAACACUUGGCUCAGCACUGGCUGGUUCACAAUGACCAUUGCGCUGGAGCUCUGUGACAGGAUCAACGUUUACGGUAUGGUGCCCCCAGACUUCUGCAGGGAUCGCAAUCAUCCUUCAGUACCUUAUCACUAUUAUGAGCCUUUUGGACCUGAUGAAUGUACAAUGUACCUCUCCCAUGAGCGAGGACGGAAGGGUAGUCAUCACCGCUUUAUCACAGAGAAGCGAGUCUUUAAGAACUGGGCACGGACAUUCAAUAUUCACUUUUUUCAACCAGACUGGAAACCAGAAUCGCUUCCUAUAAAUCAUCCUGAGAAUAAACCUGUGUUCUGAGGAAUGAGCGUGCCAGACCAAAAUCCUAUGUACCUGCCAUUUCAGACACCAGGGGCCCGAACUUCCUGAGCCACCAGACACGAAAGAAGAACAGAACUGGUAGCAAGAAUAGCUUCACUCCUCAAGAAGUACUGUGUACAGAUGCCUACGAAACGUAACGACAAAGCAGUGCAAUUGGUUUGUAAGGGAAAACUCUAGAAUUAGUACAUCCUAAUGAGUGCUGUCCCUUUCAAAAGGGCUUAUCUUAGGAACAGAACACUCAUUUCAGUGAUGCUGCCAUGGCUAAAAACAUUUUGGAUCUUUUUAAGUAUUGCCUUCAAGACUGAAAUAUGAGCAACUCAACAAUGUAAUAGUUGUAUUCCUUUAUAGAAAUAACACAUCAACAGACUUUUUUCUAUCAAGUUGUAUCCUAACCUGUUCUGUAAACUUUGUCAUCUGUUGGAAUCUGUGUGUGUGAUUUGUAAAAAGCAGCCUGAAAGUAUGGACAUGAUUUCUGAAGAGCACAUCUCCACUGACUUUCAUAAAGCAAAUGCCCAAUAUUUAUUUAUUGAGAGUUUUGUAGUGUACGCUAGGCCAGUAUUUUUAUAGAUUAUGAUUAUGUGGUAAUUUAUUCUUCCUGCCUCUUUAAUCCUGAGUGAUGGUUGGACAAGGUCUAGAACCGGGUUGAUGAGUUCCUGUGCUCACAAUGCUCAUUGUUAGCAUGCAGUUGGUAUUUGGCUUGGAAAUGUUGUGUUGCGUUAUUUGAACCCUUAGGCUUCAGGAAUAACUAUGACAUUUUCCAAUGUGCGGAAAUGCUCCAAAUGACAAAACUGAAAACCAAAACCUGUGUCAUUAAAACAAAAAGAGACUAACAAGAGAAAUGUAAAGGCAGUUUUUUUUAGUAAUAAUUGAUGUCGGGCAUUUCACGUAAGCCCUUGCUUCCUCUUCCAUAGAAUGUGUCACUGUACCAGACAAUCUCUUAAGUUUUAUUCCAAAUCUAAAAUCCUAUCAGCCUCUUGUGGACCCAUUUAAGGCUCUGCCCUUGGAACCGCAGCUCCCACAGCAGCAGGAGCCUUAUUUUAGGGGGCCUUUUAUACUCCCCAUACUACCUAUCUCCCUCUUGGGGUUAAAAACACACUUCCUCCCUGGUCUCCAGGGGCUAAAAUCUACACCUGCUUCUCUGGUCCUUCUUGCACCAAAAAAAAGCAAAAGAGAGAGAGAACUCCCAUGGUAUUCCUGGCUACAAGAGCAAGGAACUGCCCUUCUGUGAAUCUGUGAGAAUACAAGAAGAUUUCCUAUCCUGUGACUCACUGAUCCGAUGAACUGUUCAGAUUCACUCACUGCAAAUCUAACAUUAUAUUCACUGCCAUUCUCUGGUCUGGAGGACUAUGAAGGACUUAUUCUAUUCAGAGCCAAGAUCAGUUAGUAUGAAAGAUUUUCAUUUAAGCAAGUAAUGUUCAAAAAUAGUCUUUAAAAAAUAUACCAGUGUUUUCCUUACACAUGGCUUAGGAGGCAUUAGUUUUUCUAAUGUCAACUUUGGAGGCACCAGCAAAUAUUACGUAUGGAGACUGACACUGUUUUACAGAACAUGACCUGGUUUGUAAUUAGAGAAGGUUUCUCACACGACCACUUCUUUUCCUUUUCCCUAAUUAGUGCUAAGAUUCCAUUCCCUUGCACUAACUGGUACUGUAAAUUAUAUGGAGUACUGUUGUUGAGAUGCAAGCAUAAUCCAGAUAUUUAUGUAGCAAAAACAAAGAUGGUAUUAUCAUGGUAUGGCUUGAGCUGUUAAAUGCCAGUACAAGUGAAAUGUCUGUCCAAAACAUACUAGAAUGCGUUAUUUAAAUUUUCUCAUAGUUUUUAAAAAGACUAUAGAAUUUUAUUCCAGUACAAUCUCUUCUGCAUCAUGGACUCUGAACACUCAUUACUUUAUGAAUGUACGGAAAAGGUAUGAAUUUUAUAGAAUUGAUUUAUAGGCCACCUUAACCAUCACUUGAAGAGAUCAUGUUGCUCUGAUGUAAGUAGCUCCUUUAAUAAGUUUUAUUUCUAUGGAAAUAUGCAAAGGCAUACUUGGGACAUGCAAAGAUGUAACUCUAUUACCUAAUCUAAUGAUAUCUCAAGUGUUUGUGUUAUCUUCAGGGUUUACGGUUUUUGUUUUUUAGGGGUUUUUUUACAAAAAGAAAAAAGACCAUAUGAUAGCUCCAUCUUUUUUGUAACUUCUCCCUCUCAAAUACUCAAAAGAGUGAAAAGCAACCGAAUUCUGAAAUUCCUGGCUUCACUGGGAAAUACUUUAAAUCUACAUGUAGCUAGGAUAUGUGAGUAUGUGAGUUUAUAUUUUUUAAAAUAUGGUGUAAAUAAGUGUAAGAAAUUAUCACUUAGGCAGUGGUUUUAUUAUAGUAUUUAAAGAAAAUGCCUAGAAUUCUGAUAGAUUGUGCCGAUAGACCUGGUUGUGGGCAAUUGAAUUCUUAUCUUGCCACUAUCAUUUCAUGACUAUCAGUCUUAACACCAUUAAUCAUCAACUCUGAUAUAAAAGAUGACUACAAAACCCUGUUUACAGACCUCAAUGAUUUCAAUAUCCGAUCGUAUUUGAAGCCUAAGUCAUACUCAUUAUGUCACAUACCUUUUUCUUCUCUCCCCAGCUGUGUCAUCAGCUUCCUCCUAGGUUUUAAGACCACAGUAAUACAAAGCCACAGCUGGCCGAUCCAUGGCGUCUGUUAUUUCAAUGCAAGAACAUUUGGCAGAGGCCAUUACAAUAGAUAGCCAUUAUGGGCAAAGAUACAGGAAUUCACAAACAAAAUCAAUCACUUCAAAUGGCCCAUAAAAAGAGGAAUCUUACAUUUAAUAUUCUACAGUAAAUAUUCACCCAAGAAAGCAUACAUUAAAAGAACAUUAGGAGGUAAAUAUUCAGUGUGCUGUGUGGGGACUUCGCCGUGUGAUUUCCAUUACGGUUAAUGGGUGUUUGGUAACUAAGUCCGUGUGCUUCACUAACCCUGGUAUGUGCUCCCAAGGGCUAGACAUAAAACCAGAGCGAUUCAGGAACCUCCCAGUUCCUAAGAUGUCAGAGUUAGAGCUUUUCUUCAAAAAAUAAAUGAAAGAAAACAAAGUGCUGUACCUAUAAGAGAAAUUCGUGUGUGGUCUCGUGGAAUCUUUAGGAUACUACCAGAUAUGCGUAUCAGAUUCAAACAACACCUCUCGGAACAGAUUCCCUUUGUUUUCUGAAGUUUUCUCCAUUACUGAAAAUGGAAGGAUACAACCUCGUUUUGAAAUAAAACCCUCCCCUUCAAAGAUUACAAUUAUUGAUUUGGAAGCUAAAUGAAUGCUAGGUAAAGGUGGAAGGAAAACGCUGAAAUUCUCUUAGGAUUAAGACUGUUAUUUAAGCACGUAUGUACCUAUUUGAGACCUCCCCAAAUAUUUUUCCAUAUGUAGGAAUGACUUCACUUCAGAAGUAUACCCUGGAUUCCACUGGGGUGAAGAUUGAGAUUGUUCAAAAGACCUACUCUGAGAGAAGGCUCUAUGUUCCUAUUCUCUGCCCCUGCAGUGUUAGGGGGUGAUGUUAACAUGCCUACAGAUUUCACACCUGACGCUACUUCAUUUCUUCCAUCCUCAUUGCUUUUCUCUUGAACCUCAUUCCAUCUUUUGCUGUCACUCUCUCCUGAUUGUCUUCUUUUGUCCACAGUAUGCUGUGAAACCAGCAGUCUUUGGGGCUGUUAAGGUCUUCCUUGUGGGUUUUUAAGCUAAAGACCUACCUGGGGAACUGAUUUGGAGUGGGUCCUGCCACAGCAAUGACCAUAAUAGGUGGGAAGACUUCAUCCGGCUACAGGACAAAGUCCUUCAGAAGCACCAUCCAGGUUCCCCAGGGCCGGGGGAGGAGUUCCAUGGACUUUCUGCACUAAAACCAGGAUGGUCCAGGGCGAACUGGGACAGUGGGUCAUGCUAUCAAAAGGCCACCUCAAAGACAGCUAUAAUACUAAGACCUUAGGGGGAAAGUGAACCAGUUGCCUAGGUUCUAGCACUUGCCAGAAGGUAAUUUGGAAUGAACAGACGUGAGAGAGUGUCUACAAGGCUUAAAAAUGAAUAGGAGUAAUCCCUCUGUUCUAGCUCACUCGUCCCCACGUACUCAACGUAUUGAGCCACUGAAGAAAUGCAAAAAUAGGCUACAAUCUUAUUUGUUUCUUCUCAGUGCCCUUAUUUACAUGCUACCUUGACCUGUCCUUUGUCUUUUCAUGUGCGUGUCCUGUUAGUCUAAUUAGAGUGUAAGCUCUUGGAGAGCAGGGACCAUUCUUUGUCUCUGUAGCCCCAUGCCCAGUACAGUGCCUUGCACACAGUAGGCACUCAAUAAAUGUCUGUUGUUGAUGACGACCUCUUAAUGUUGACCCAUUUGGCUGGUAAUUGGUGUAUAUUCUUCCAUUUAAGAAGUACAGGAGACAGAAUAGUUGAUGAAAUAGUUAAAUUUUAAGUGGUUUUUCAAGGGUCAGUCCUUAAACCUAUAAUGUUUUUAAUCAACAAAGCUGACCUAGAUUUAGGAGGAAUAAUGUUGCUGAAUUCAUUAGGUUUGCUAAUGCUGGCUGUACUGAACACACAGAUGAACUGAAGUUCAGCAAGCUUUGUGUUCUCGCUGUUAGUGGCUGCUCUUAGCACAAAUUAAAUUUAAUAUUGACAAAUGCUAUACCAUAUGCAUAAAGGCGGAAAGGCAGCUUGGGCUCUGACUUCUUUGGUUCAACUACAAAAGCGAGGCCAAAAUGAGAUGUGUUAUGGCCUGCCUUAAACUUGACAGCUUCCUAAAGCUGCUGGAAUCCAACUGGUGGUUACUGAGGGUCUGUAAAAACUAAGCAUACAUUUAUCUUAAAAACAAAAUAAACCAAAAAACAACCCUCCUUUUGUUUCCAUGAAGCAGAUCCAAAAUGGUUUCAUCUCUACCAGAAUGUGAGGGGAAAGGAGAACUCUUGGGAAAAGGUGUCCGCAGGUGGAGCACCCCAGAUUCCUGAGACGCCACCUGGCCAGCGCCUGGUGUCCGAUUACCUCCUGGUUACAGAGAGGGCAAGACGGCAUAAAGUGAGUAAAGGUGAGUUAGCUGCCAAUGGUUGAUUCUACAAGGGACCAUAAUCAUUAUUUUCUUGAACAUGGAGUUCCUUUCUUUCAUUGUCUACUGUUCCACAUAUCUAUUUAAUUGUAUCAUCUCAAUUCCAUUUUUUAAAGCAUAGGAAAAGGGCUAGAAGACACUACGUUAAAAUGAGAAGAGUGCUUAUUUCUGAAUGGAUAGAUUAUAGAUUUUCCCACAUUUUCAAAAUUUUUGUUAUAAUCACAAAGUAUUAUUUCAUAAAAUAUCAAGAAAGGCUUUAUAACAGGAUUUCAAACAGAAUCCCAACAAGGAUGUUAGGAAAAAGCUAGUAUAUGCCAUGUCUAAUUACACCUAAAAGAAUCUCUUUGCCCACUGCAUAAAUCAUCUCAAGAAUUAGCAUCUUUAGUUCUUUACCUUGUGACUAGUUCUUUAAUUUCAAAACCAAAUGUAGGAAAUCUAUGAGACUGAAUCACAAUCUUUCCAAUUAUAUUUUAUCUACUGAAUAUCCACUGGGAGCUUUGAACAAUGUCACUUGUGUAUAUAUUAAUUUCACAAUAAUCCUGUUAUUCCACUGUGCAAAUAACUGAGACUAAGUGAGGUUGUAUAUCUGGCCCUCAGGAUGAUGAAGAUAAGAUGAAGAUAAGAGUAGACACAUGGCUUGCCACAAACCAGGCACUCUUCAAGUGUUUUACAUAUAUAAAUGCAUUUAAUCCUCACAAUAACCCCAAUAAAUACAUAGGUUCUUUCAUCAUCUCCCUUUUACAGAUGUGCAAACUGAGGCACAGUGCACUUCAGUAACUUUCCCAAGAUCAUUCGGCUAGUAAGUGGGAAAGUCAGAUCAGAAGCCACAGGGUCUGUUUCGAGUCUCCGCCCUAAGUCACCAUGUACUUCCUGGCAGAAAUUUAACUGUUCUGGUAGCAAUUUCUAUUAGAAUAGUCAUCAUAUUCUAUUAUGUCAUAUUUAUAGUACAUGUAACAUUUGAUACAUACCAAAUAAUAGGUGACAAAUACGCAAAUUAUGAAGCAAACCUAAGGAGAAUAUUACCACUAGCCUUCAAGCUACCCGAGUGUCCCUUCUAUUGUCUUGCAUUUUCUAUUUGCCAUUCUCUUGCUUUCUAAAUAAUUUUAUUACAUACAGAUAUAUCGAUAAAUAAUCCAUAAUUUAGUUUUGCAUAGUAAUAAGCAUUAUAAGAUUAUUAUAACAUUGUGUAUUGUCUUCUGAAACUUGCUUUUUCUCCAAGAUUUUACUCAUUUUCAUUGCAUAUAACUCUAGUUUACUUUUAUUAUUGUAUAAUGCCAUUGUGUGAAUAUACCAUAAUUUAUUUUUUUCCAUGCUUCUUUCAGGUUUUCAGUUUGUUGCUAAUAUGUACAAUACUUUUAUGAACAUUCUUGGAACGUUCUUUCAGUACAUGUGUUCAAGAAUUUUUAUACAGAGUAUACACCUAGGAAUAAAAUUGCUGGGCUAUAGAAUCAGAUCAUUCACGUGUAUGAUAUUUCCAGAUUGUUUUCCAAAGUGGUUGGACCCUUUAUAUUUCUAAUGGUGGUUGUCCACAUCCUUGUUAACACUUGACUUGGUAUUUUCAGACUAAGUUUUGCCCCUCUGGCACAUGAAAAUUGUAUCUCAUUGUGAUCUUGUCUUGCGUUCCCCUGAUUCCUUAUGAGAUUUAGCAUUCUUCUCUUCUUCAUUAGUAUUACCUCGUCUGUGAAAUGGCUCUGCAUCUUUGUCCACUUUUCUGCUGGGUGACUUUACCUUUUCUUUUUUCUUUUAAAGAAUUCUUGAUAUAUUCUAGCUACCAUGUUUGGUAGAUUGUAUGUGUUGCAAAUAUCUUCUUCUGAUUUGAGGCUUGUCUUCUUUUUCUCUGUGAUGUCUUUCAAUGAACAGAAGUUUUUAAUUUCAAUGUAGUCAUGUUUUCUAUCUUUUCUUAUAUGAUUAGAGCUUCUUAUACCUUAUUUAAUAAAUCUUCCACUGCUUUUAAUCAAUAAUGACUUUCCUAUAUUUCAUUCUUAAAAUUUUCAAAGUUUUUGCCUUUCAUGUGGAAGUAAAGGGUUUAUAUUUUUGUUUAAAGUGAGGUGGACAUCACUUUCGUUUUGUACAGAUACCAACAGUCCCAGCAUCAUUUCCUGGAGAAUUCACUCUUCUCCAGUGGUCUGCAAGCAAAUUUCCAUAUAUGUGAGGAUUUAUUUCUCUUCUCUGUAUUCUGUUCCAUUCUAACCAAAUUGUCUGUCCCUGCACUGAUAACACAUAGUCUUAAUCAUCAUAAGUCUUGAUAACCUGUAGAGCAAUUUCCCCCGACCUCAUUCUCCUUCCUAAAGAAUGUCUUACUUAGUCUUUUUUUUGUCACUGAUUUUUACUGAGGUAUUUUUAUUCAAUAAAGUACACAAAUUCUUUGUAUAUAGAUUGAUAAGAUUAUAUAUAUAUAUCUGUACACCCAUGUAACUGCUGCCAAGAUCACAACGGAGUACAUUUCCAGCACCCCCGAAGGCUCACUUAUGCUCUCUUAGUCAAUCUUCCUGUCAGGGGUAACCACUUUCUGACAUCGUCAAUGUAGAUUUGUUUUGCCUUUUUAAAAUUUCAUAUGAAUAGAAUUAUAUGGUAUGUCCUUUUUUUGUCUGUUUUCUUUCGGUCAAAAUCAUGUUUGUCAGAUUCGUCCUUGUUGACACAGAUGGCAGUAGUUCCUUUUUCAUUGCUGAAUAGUAUCACUUUGCUUUAGAAUUACCAGUUCCAAUGUUGGCCUUUUGGGUUGUUUCCAGUUUAGGACUACUAUGAAUACAGCUGUUAGGAACAUUUUUGCAUAUAUGUAUUUUGAUGGACAUAGUGCUCCUUUCUGUUGAGUAUACGGCAAGGAGUAGAGUUGCUGAGUUACAGGACACACUGGUCUUUGGCCUUACUAAAUAUUGCCAAACAGUUUUUCAAGAUAGUUGCGCCAGUUUACACUCCUACCAGCAAUAACUGAGAACUCCAGUUGCUUUACAUACUUACCAAUGCUUGCUAUUGUCAGUCCUUAUAAAUUGAACCCUUUUGCUAGCUAUAUAGUGACAUAUUAUUAUGGUUUUAGAUUUAUUUCCUUGAUGAAUAAUGAUGUUGAGCACCUUUCCAUGUUUGAUGACCAUUUGCGUAUCCUUUUUUGUGACAUGCCUGUUCAAAGAUUUUGCCCAUUUCUUUUCAUUGGGUUGUCAUGUUUUUUCUUAUUUAUGGGAAGUACUUAUACAGUCUAGAUUCAAGUUCUUUGCUAUAUAUUUUGCAGUGCGUGGUUUGCCUUUUCACUGUCUUAAUGGUAUAUUUUGAUAACUAAAAGUUCUUAAUUUUAGUAAUUUUAAUUCCAACUAAUCAAUAUUUCAUGCAUCAUAUAAUUUGUGUCCUAUUUGAGAACUCUUACCUAACCCAAAGUCAUCUCUUAUGUUUUCUUCUAGAAGCUUAAUUUUUUUUUUCUCCUUUCCAUGUUUGGGUAUAGGAACAUCUCAAAAUGGUUUUGAAAUAUCAUGUGAGGUAGGGGUCUAGAUUCUUUUUUUUCCCCUUAAGGAAAUCCAGUGGACACAGCACCUUUUAUUGUAAAUACCACCCUUUCUCCACUGAAUUAGAGUAGUACUUUGGUGGUAGAUCAGGGUACCAUAUAUAGUGAAUUGUUUCUUGACUGUGAACUCUGUACCAUUUUUUACUCUUGCACUAUUACCAUUUUCUUAACUUUUAUGACUUAAUAAGUCUUGAUAUCUGGAAGUAGAAAGUAUCCAGCUUACACAUCUUCUUCAAUAUUGCUUUGACUAUUCUUGGCAUGUUGUAUUUCCACAUAUAAUUUUAGAAUCAGAGUGUCAUUUUCCUUAUUUAAUAAAACAUUCUUGGAUUUCUAUUGAGAUUGCAUUGAUUCUAUGGAUUGGUUUGGGGACAACUGACGUCUUAACAAUAUCAAGUCUUUCAACUCAUGGAUACAAUUUGAAGUUUUCCAUGUAGAGGUCUUCUACAUAUUUUUUUACAUCUAUUCCUAGGUAUUUGAUGGGUUUGUUUGGAACUACUAUAAAUGAUUUUUUUUUCAAUUUAAUUUUCUACCUUUUUGGUAUAAGUAUAUAGAAGUACAAUUGAUUUUUGUAUAUUGACCUUAUAUCCAGCAUUAGAGCUGAAUGAACUCAGUGAUUGUCAAGUUUAAAUUUAGGGCAUUAAUGGGGCUGGCCCCGUGGCCGAGUGGUUAAGUUCGCGCACUCCGCUGCAGGCGGCCCAGUGUUUC